CGCCGUGCUAUUGCUUGGGCCUUGGACUGAGUAGGUUUGGAGGUAGCGAUACGAGACACUCGCCCCCGAUUCCCCUCCCGUUGCCGAAGCCUGUGUUGCAGGGAUCGUUCGCGGAAGCGGUUUUUGAUCGGAGAGAGAGAAAGAGAGAGCGAGGGAGGGAGGUGGGGAUGGACGCGGCGGCAGCGGCGGCGGCGCAGAUGGAGAGGCACUCGUCGGCGGCGGCGCAGAUGGAGAGGCACUCGUCGGCGGCGGCCUUCGUGGAGGGCGGCGUUCAGGACGGCUGCGAUGACACCUGCAGCAUCUGCCUCGAGACCUUCUCCGACAGUGACCCCUCCGCGGUGACCAGCUGCAAGCACGAGUUCCACCUCCAGUGCAUCCUCGAGUGGUGCCAGAGGAGCUCCCAGUGCCCCAUGUGUUGGCAGGCAAUCAGCAUGAAGGACCCUACGAGCCAAGAGCUCCUUGAGGCCGUCGAGGAAGAGCGGAACGACGUGCAGGAAAACCACGCGCGCACAACCACCGUUUUCCGUCACCCGCUGCUCGGAGAUUUCGAGGUACCGGUGGAUGCAGACGACGCCGAGAUCGAGGAGCGGAUCAUGCAGCACCUGGCCGCCGCCGCAGCCAUUCGCCGGUCGCACCGCCACGCCAGAAGAGAAGGCCGCCGCAGCAGCAGGGCGGCGGCAGCUCAUGGCCAUGGCCACCCACAACCACAAACACAAGUCCUGUUCUUUCCGUCUGCUGGCGAGGCCACUCCUGGUGGUUCUGGUUCCCCGUCUCCGCAUCCGCGGCAAGAACAUGCUGCUUCUUCUGUGGUUUCUCCUCCGCCAUUGCCCGCCGUUGCCUCCGCAGAAGGAACGGAUGCAGACAGUACUGCCUCGGUUGGUGGCGCUGUCGGGCCAGAUGACAGUGUUUCCAGGAGCCAGUCUUCGCCUGUCAACCACGAUGAAGCUGGACCAUCUGCUGACGCGCAGUCAUUCUCAGACACGAUCAAAUCUAGGCUGCAGUCAGUCUCUACAAAGUACAAGGACUCCAUAACGAAGAGCACGCGCGGGUGGAAGGAGAGGUGGUUCGCGCAGAGCAGCGCCAUGUCGAAUCUUGGCUCGGAGAUGAGGAGGGAGGUCGGUGCUGGGAUCGCCGCCGUUUCCCGCAUGAUCGAGAAGCAGCUGGAGACACGGCCGGAUGGGAGUGGGACAGCGCCGUCGCCUGCUACCGCUUCGUCUCCAGCUCACGCCCACCCUGGUUCGGAUGCAAGUAGUCAGGGUCAGGGAGCUGCUGUUCCCGCUACACCUGCAGCCGCUCUGAAUAACGCUACGCCUGCAGCUGCUGCUGCUCUGAAUGACGCCUCGUCGUCUUCGACAGCUUGAACGCGCGCCAGGAUCAUGUUCAGUGAGUUUGCACUAGGUGUGGUUUUCAAGUGCUUUAGAUGCUUGCAAUGCAAUGCGUCGCGUGUAUAGUCAGUUUGUCAAUUAGCCUCAUUGGUAGCCAGUGAAACAGAUAGUGGAUGCCAAGCUACUGUUCGAUCAGUGAAUGUUUCAGAAUAAAGUUGGAUACUUGGAUGCGCAC